UAUCGUUACUUGAUGAGUUGAUCUGCUCUCUUGUGCUUUUUAUAGUACAAUAUACGGAUGCGGAGGGAACCAAACAAAAGAUGGAGAUGGAGGGGAAAUAGGAUUCACAGGAGGAACACCUCCGCUCCGUGCUGUCACCCCCACCUCCCACCCCCCACAAAAAAAACCCGAACUGCAACCUCCCCAGCCCAGACCCGAUCCCGCUGCCGACCGGUCUGUUCCUCCUCCGCCGCCGAGUAGAGCGCCGCGAGGGCUGAUCUCGCGGAUUUCGCCUGUUCCGGAGAGGCCAAUUGCGGAUAACUCGAGUAACUGCUAGUGCUACCAGGAGCCGUGUGGUGUGCUUUAUCUGUCUAGCUUGCCAAUCAUCUGCAUAAAUUUCAAAGUGUGUUUGCUUUCAGUCUGGAGGCUGAAUGAUAGACGCGGUGCACAUGCUUGCUGGCAGUAUGAAUAAUGAUAAUGCUAAUGUCAUUGACUUGAUAUCGGACAGUGGUGAUGAUUUUGAUUCUGACUCUGACGAUCCAACUUCUACAAAUGUCACAUCUGGCGAGAAUGGCGGAGGGCAAUCAGUCGUCUUUCAGGAUGAAGAUUUGUUGAGGAACACUCCCUCUUCUUCCAGAUCUAAUAUAAAUGAUAAUGGCCAAUACAGAACUCUGCCCCCUUCCUUUGCAAAUGGUAUAGACAUCGAGAAAGCCCGUUAUACACUAGGUUUGGGGGACAGGACUUAUCCACAUUCAAAUUCGUGUGCAGGGCCAAGACACGAUUCUGGAAGGGCCUUUCUCUCCUCCAGUAGACUUGAUAUCGCAGUGAGGGAGCGCAAUGGUUUGGCAGUGGAUGCAAAUGUCAAUAACAAAAGGAUUCUUCCUUCAUCCUUUUCCAAUGGAAGCACGUCAAAAUCUGCACAAUCAAGUGUUGCAAGUGAGAGCCGUAAACUCCCAUCGCGUUUUACCAAUGGAAAUUCUCAAAGGUUGGAUGAUAAUAGGAUGGUAAAAAAUGAUGCCAAUGGCAUUGGGCAGCCUUCAUCUUCAAGGUUCUCAACCCGAAGCUACUCUGUGAGUAAUGCCCAGAAGGACACCAUGGAAAAUGAUGAUGAUGAUGUCUAUGUAUAUGAUAGUCCUAGUUCACAUAGGAUGCUGCCUGCAUCAUUUGGAGGCCAUAACUCUGCUGGUAACAAUGAACUCGCUAAUGUUAAUGAUAUGCAAGCUCGUCCAAACCUAGAAAGUAGGUUUCUGGAUUCUGACGAGAGGGCAGUAUAUCAGGAGGCUCUUCAGAACAUUAGUCUGGAUAAAAGGGAAGAUGAUCUCGAUGAGGGUGUCUUAUCAGUAUCUCUGCUUAAGCACCAGAAAAUGGCAUUAGCUUGGAUGGUUUCGAAGGAGAAUAGUUCACAUUGUGCAGGAGGGAUUCUUGCAGAUGAUCAGGGUCUUGGAAAGACUGUGUCUACAAUUGCCCUUAUACUAAAACAGAAGAGUCAGCAGUCGAAGUUCAUGUGUGCUGAUUCAGAUCCUUUGAAAUCUGAAGCGCUAAACCUUGAUGAAGACGAUGAGGCAGUGACUGUUGUUGAUAAGACGAAACAGUCUAUGAACGAUGAACCCAAGAAGGAUUUAGAUGCUAGUUUAUCAUCAACAGCAGCUAGUACUAGUGAUGCUAAACCAUCUACUAGUCAUAUGGAUAAUGUUCCAAAUAGAAUUGUUGAAAGCAAAGUUGAACGCAAGAAGACUAAAGCAGGCACAUCAUCUGCAUCAUUGACCAUGCGAUGCAUGACAAGGCCGGCUGCAGGUACUUUAGUAGUAUGCCCUGCUAGUGUUCUUAAGCAGUGGGCUAAUGAAUUGAAUGACAAGGUUAGUCAAAGUGCUAAGUUAUCUGUUUUAGUCUACCAUGGUGGUGCAAGGACCAAAGAUCCAAGUGAGCUGGCAAAAUAUGAUGUCGUUGUCACGACAUACACGAUUGUGGCGAAUGAAGUGCCUAAACAGAAUGCUGAUGAUGACCAAGAUCAAAAGAAUGGGGAAGAAUCUUCUGUUGGUAAUAAAAGAAAACUACCAAGCAAAUCUAAGAAAAGGAAGAAGAAACUUAAGGAUUCAGAUAUUGAUCUUGACAGUGGCGCAGUUGCCCGGGUACGGUGGUUUCGGGUGGUUCUUGAUGAAGCUCAGACGAUAAAAAAUUUCCGAACACAAGUGGCUAAAGGCUGUUGUGGACUAAGAGCAAAAAGGAGAUGGUGCUUAUCAGGAACACCUAUACAAAAUUCAAUCGAUGAGCUCUACAGCUAUUUCCGCUUCUUGAAAUAUGAUCCAUAUUCUACAUAUAGCUCAUUUUGUACGAUGAUAAAGCACCCAAUUGCUAGAAAUGCAGUCCAUGGGUAUAAGAAACUACAAACUGUAUUGAGGAUAGUUCUCCUGCGCCGCACAAAAGAAACUACGAUAAAUGGAGAACCGAUCAUAAACUUACCUCCAAAGACAAUUAAGUUGCAAAAGGUGGAUUUCACAAAGGAGGAGCGAGCUUUUUAUUUAACACUAGAAGAACGUUCUCGGCAACAGUUCAAGGAAUAUGCUGCUGCCGGAACAGUCAAACAAAACUAUGCCAAUAUCCUUUUAUUGUUGUUGCGUCUUAGGCAGGCUUGUGAUCAUCCUCUUCUGGUGAAGGGGCAUCAGUCAGUAUUUAAAGGCGAUGGUUCUAUAGAGUUGGCAAAACAACUUUCCAAGGAAAGGGUAAUAGAUUUGCUUGCAAGGCUGGAGGUAUCAGCGCUUUGUGCUGUAUGCAGUGACACACCUGAGGAUGCUGUUGUGGCGAUGUGUGGUCAUAUUUUCUGCUAUCAGUGUAUAUACGAGCGGAUAACAACUGAUGAAAACAUGUGCCCCGUCCCUAAUUGCAGAAACACAUUAAGUACUGAUUCGGUAUUUUCGUCAGGGACAUUAAAGAUUUGUAUCUCGGGCAAGACCAGUACUCAUGCGAUAGCGAGUUCAUCAACAGAUGACGAGCUAUCUUCUAUCAGUCAAAGCAGUUACAUCUCCUCCAAGAUACAAGCGACCGUCGAUAUACUGAAUUCUAUCAUUAACACACAUGCCCUUACAGAUAGUGAUACCAUCGAAUCAAAUCGAAGCCGAGUAUCCCCUGUGAAAGCCAUUGUCUUUUCACAGUGGACUGGCAUGCUGGAUUUGCUGGAGUUUUCACUGAACAGCAAUCUUAUACAAUACAGGAGACUAGACGGAACAAUGUCCCUCAAUUCAAGAGAUAAAGCAGUGAAGGAUUUUAACACUGACCCAGAGGUUAGAGUUAUGAUUAUGUCAUUGAAAGCGGGUAAUCUUGGUCUGAAUAUGGUUGCUGCUUGCCAUGUGAUACUCCUUGAUCUUUGGUGGAAUCCUUAUGCUGAGGAUCAGGCAAUUGAUAGAGCACACAGGAUUGGGCAGACUCGUCCUGUCACUGUCUCUCGUCUAACCAUUACAGAUACGGUGGAAGACCGUAUUUUAUCUCUGCAGGAGGAAAAGAGAGCCAUGGUCAACUCUGCUUUUGGUGAAGACAAAUCCAGUGCCCACGCUACCCGGCUCACUGUAGAUGAUCUGAGGUAUCUGUUUAGGAUAUGAUUGGCAGGAGGGAUGAUACCUUGUUGCGUUCCUAGCUUUGGAAAGUGUUAGAGUGGUGACAGGCUUGUCAUCCAUGUCUCUCUCUGCCCUGCCGUGGAUUCAGUUUUGUCAUGUUCCGAUCGGUCCUACAUGUGACAUCAGAGGACCAGCUAGCUAUAGCAUGUCUAGUGUAACUUACUUAUGUUCUAGUGUAACUGCCAUACCCCUGUAGGAGAAUUCUUGUGUACUCUGUUCCCUGUGACGACAGGAGAGGAGAGCUCCACAUAUGUAUAUUGUGUCAUUGACUCA